AUCGAAAACAAAAUUGCCCAUUUGACACCUCUAGUAUUUACGCGUAUCAAGCGUAAAACUCAAUUAACAAUUGAUUUGGACUUAAAUUAACCGUUUAAUUAUGUUUACCAAGCACCAGGCGACACCACAAUGUUAAAUGCAGUGCCUUCUUCGCUAGUGUGGCAGCGAGUGACGUCAUACAAGUAGAAAACAACAAAACCAACAGAGGGGCGCCGCAGCAACAAAAGGGAAUCAAUAACAAAAAGAAAGAAAGAAAAAGCGUAAUUUCGUGGACAAUUUGCAUACGGUUGGGUGGUUAGGUAAUAGCGAUAGCCAUCAAAAACGCACAAUACACGAAAUGAGUAUGCUGGAAACGGAUUCGGACAGUUCAGAGGAGUUUUUCGAUGCAGAAGACACUACGCCCAAUCGACAUUCGACUCUAAGUCGGAAACCGCCCGCUGAGGUGGCCCAGGAGUUCAUAUUUCCCGAUCCCGCCGUGCGAGUAAAUGCGGCCGCCUCCUCCGACAGCGAUGCUACGCCCAUUGGCGCUGGAACGCCUGCCACCCGAAGUCCGACCAACAGUCUGAGUGCCCGGUUGAAGCAGCAGGAUGCAGGGGUGUUCGUUGAGCCCAAACUCGUGCCCGGAUCAUAUGGUAGACAGCGCUUUCACGAACUACGUCAGCACAUGCAAAAUGAUGAAGAUGAUAAUCCAGGAAAUACACUCACACCUGACUCUCAGAACAGCUCUACGGAUGGCAUUUUCACAAACCGUCCGACGCAUCCGUUUAAGGUCAUUGAGACCGAUGCGAUGAGCAUACAGAGCAUGACAUCACUGGGUCGCGUGGGCCGAAUCUUGGCGGGCAGCAUUGAUCCAUCUGCCAUCAGCAUAGAUCGCGAGUCACUAGCCUCGCUGAAUGCGCAACAGCAGAAGCAACAGUCACAGCCACAACCAUCGGCGCAGCCUGCUUCUUCCACUAGCUCCAGCACUCCGCCAAGCACAGGAAACACCUCUUCUGGAAUGAGCACUCCCAGGGUUUCGCCCAAGCAUCAGCACACCGGUCAGGAUGCGACAGCAAACCCGGAAGGGCUUACUAGUACCGCAGCUUCGUUGCAAUGCUCGUCUUCUGGCGCCAUAAUUCUGCAGGAACCGGAUGUGAUAGCAAGCACAAAGCUUGCCCAGUCCAAAACUACUGAUUCCAUUACCUCGUCUGGUCCUGUGGCGCCACCACGAAGAAAAAAGAAGUCCCGGAAUUGCUCCAUUAGUUCCUCGGAUCAGUAUAGUUUGCCUCCAGGAGACAACGAAGAUACCGAUAGUGAUACCCGAUCUGUGAAGAGUGUACAGGGUUUACAGCAAAAGUUACGCGAGUUUGGGAGCUCCCUAAAUGAUGCAACUACUUCAGCCUCCAGCAACACAUUGACCUGUUCCUCUACCAAUACGAUAGUCUCGGCUUCGGCGUCAACUACGGCGGCAUCUUCGUCCAUACCGACGACAAGUACUAUUCAUAAGCUUACCAUGCUCGCUUCAGUUACAAUUGCUGGUCCAAAACCCCCCCAAUCACUGGGCAGCAGUUCAACGUCGGUUCACUCCAAGCCAAGUCCAUCGAACUCGGGAAAAAGCAACUCGGCACCAGGAAGAGUCAGUUCCAUUGAUCCAAAUCAGGGUCUUAACAUAUAUAAGGCAACUCAAGGAGGUUAUGUGGUUAAACCACGCGAUGAGGCCAGCAACAAGGCCCAGGGUCCGUCCCAGGAUGAAAUCGAGCGAAUUGAGAAAAUGCUCAUGGAGAAUGCAAACAGACCCAAACUGGCGGGGACAGGAUCCAACAGCUUGGGGAGCUCCACACGUUAUCCCGGUUUCUAUCGCGGCGUUAACGACAAGGAGCGCCGUAAGUCCGCGGGCGAUGAGGAUGUACUCAAGCAGAUGAACAUUUAUGUUCGCACGCGCACCAGCUCUGGCAAGCAGCUGACCGACUUUGAGAUCCUAGAACAAGUUCCUGUUAAGAAUUUAGACACGGGAGAGAAUAUGCCGCUCUCUGAAAUGCGUUCACCACCAGUGCCUGAGGGAUGGAAUCCGCUGUCGCUACACAUCCUAAAGCUGACCUCUCAUCUGGAGGUGAUCCAGAAAGAGUCCGACGAGGAGAGUGUGAUUGGUAUACCACCUAGUAGCGAGGGUCAGCAGCCCGACGAAGAGGAGCUCGAAGCGGAGGAUGGCAGCCGGCUGAAAAGAAAGACGGCUCGGAUCAAGCGCUUCCUUGGCACGACUAUGCGGAAAACGGUGGACAAGGCCAAGUCAAUUGCAUCCGAGGUGUCGCAUGCGCGGCACAAAGAAGAUGUGGCUGAUAUUGUCGAUGCCAUGAAUCCCGAGCAAAACAUUAAAAUCAAGGCUUCAUCUUCCAACAAGGGUCCCUACGAGUUCACCAAACUGCAGCACGUCCAGGACUUGAGUGGCGAAGACACGAGUGCUGUGUGGUGCAUGAAGUUCAGCUCUUGCGGACGACUUUUGGCCACGGCUGGUCAAGACAAGGUGCUAAGGAUUUGGGUCCUAAAAGAUGCCUAUCCAUUUUUCCAGGACAUGCGCAACAAAUACAAUGCUGACCAAAAAUCCUCGCCAACGCCCUCGCAAGAGUCGCUUGUCUCGCAGCACUCAGCCGAAGAAGCCAUGGCCAUGGCCACAGCGGCUGAAAAAUGCACGGGUCCCUUCAUGCCAAAACCCUUCUGCACCUACAAUGGACACACCUCCGAUCUUUUGGACGUCAGCUGGUCAAAGAAUUACUUCAUUCUGUCAAGUAGCAUGGACAAGACUGUGCGGCUCUGGCACAUUUCCAGAAAGGAGUGCCUUUGCUGUUUUCAGCACAUCGAUUUUGUCACCGCUAUUGCGUUCCAUCCACGUGAUGAUCGCUACUUUUUGAGUGGCAGCCUCGAUGGCAAACUGAGGUUGUGGAAUAUACCUGACAAAAAGGUGGCUUUGUGGAAUGAGGUAGAUGGCCAGGCAAAGCUUAUAACGGCUGCCAACUUCUGCCAAAACGGUCAGUUUGCUGUUGUGGGAACCUACGAUGGUCGUUGUAUAUUUUAUAACACGGAUCAGCUGAAAUACCACACGCAAAUUCAUGUGCGCUCCACUAGAGGUAAAAAUCGUAUAGGACGCAAGAUCAGUGGUAUUGAACCGAUGCCUGGAGAGGACAAGAUUUUAGUAACCUCCAACGACAGCCGAGUACGCCUUUACGACUUGAGAGACUUGAAUUUGUCAUGCAAGUACAAGGGCUAUUUAAAUGUGUCCUCCCAAAUUAAGGGAUCGUUCAGCAACGAUGGAAAGUAUAUAAUCGCUGGAUCGGAAAAUCAAUGCAUCUAUAUAUGGAAAACAAACCACGACUACUCGAAACUCAGCUCGGUUCGACGAGAUCGCAGCGAUUUUUGGGAAGGCAUUAAAGCACACAAUACAACGGUCACUUGUGCCAUAUUCGCGCCACACCCAGAGGCUAUUAUUAAGCCCGAACCGGAUGAAAUCUCGAAUGAAAAGUUGGCUUUCAAUCAGCCGGAUCCACUGGUCGAGCAGCACAAAAAAGGAUGUGGUUAUGUAUUGGUAAGCGCCGAUUUCAAAGGCGCCAUUAAGGUCUUUAUAAACAAGACGAAGCCAAAACACAGCAGUCUACCCUACACGGCAAUCGCGGAUUAGUCCUUAGGUAGAACUUAAAAGAAAUAGAAGAAAAAAGUAAAAUAUUAUUUUAUUUUUGUAAUUGUGACAUUUUGUAUUGUUAGUAACAGGCGCCAUCGCUUAUUUAUUUUCAUAAUCCGUAUUUACUUAUUUCUGUCUGUCCCCCCACAACACAUAUUUUAUUCCCAUUGUAAAAGUUGUUAACAAUUGCUGCUGGCGCGAACUGCUUAAUCUUACGCAAAAUAUGUUAUGUAUUUUUAACGCUGAGUGUGUGAAUAUGUAUAGAUAUUUGUUUAACAAGUUGAUUAUUUUGAAAGUCAAUUUUCUAUUGUUAUGCCCUUGUUAGGUGAAUUUUGACUGUACAGAAGCUUUGAUUUAGAUAUGCUCGAUUGUAAUUAAAUCUGUCCGUAUGGCCAAAGUCACCACACUGAUAUGUAUAAAAUUGACUACUGGCCAACCUGCAAGGGUGCGAACGGGUCGGUACGCGGAAUCAGAACUAAGUUAUUUUAAAGUCUACGAACUUAACCUAACCAACUUAUUAUAAUUAACUUUAAAAAAUAUAUUUUGUGUAAAUUAAAAAGUAAAGUGCAAACAGGACAUAAACUGUUCCUUUAA